AUGCUGUUGACAGCACUGCCCCGCGAGAUCUUCUGGAUGAUUUUUAACCAGCUUGCGCCCAAAGACAUCAUAUGCUGUCGUCGAGUCUGUAAACUGUGGAACGAGGCUUUCAGUAGUCCUCUGUACCUCAUCCCGCUGCUGAGACAGCUCUUCCCGCGAGCCCAAGAGGUGCGGGAACUCGACCACCAGACGGAAACGGACACGGAUACGGACGAGUCGUCACCCGCAGACAAGGAGGACGGCCAUUGGCGCAAAGUCUUCGACCGGGUUGCGUCUCGAUACGACCAUCUGCGUCGCGGCCAACCCCAAUCCGUGCAGAAGUAUCGCCUGUGUGAUGACUUCGGCGCCACGGGCGAGCGGGAAUGGUUUCCGAUCCAGCCGUGGGAAACACACGCGAGCCAGCUCGUCCAGCGCGUGGACUGCCUCUUCUCGGAGUCCUUCUGGUCCUACGAGGAGGGGCUGGUGGUGUAUCCGAGUGCGGACCACGCGUGUCUAGUCCUUAUGGACCUGGACAGUGGCCGACGGUUCAUGGUGCCGUUCAUCAUCACAGAGAAGGUCGUCCGGCGCCUUCGGCUGCAGAAGCGGGUGCUGGUGGUCGAAUGGGCCGAGCCCAAGGCCUUUCACUGGCUCAACGACAGUGACGGCGUGCAUCGGCACUUUGCCUCCUCGUUUGACGUGACCCAGUCGCCCUCCACCGGCACAUGGAGUAUCACAUUUCGCAACGAGUGGAAGAUCAUGUUCCUUGGCCAUCCGCUGAGUGAGCGAGAUCGGUUCUACUCUACUCAUAGCAAGACGCAUUAUGCGAUCUAUAUCUGGCAGCCCAACCGCAGCUUGUACACUGCGGAUGACGAUGCCCCGAUUGAAUCGCUUUCGGUCUGGGAUAUCUCUGCCCCGUCAUCGUAUCGGCCCUCAUUGGACCCUACGGGUCGCCUGCGCGAGGGCGCCGAGGAUCAAGGUCCCCCGAUCGUCUCGCGUCUCGGUUUUAGAGAGCUCGGCUUCUACUCCGUCAGACAACGAGGCCUCCCAGGGGUGCAGUGUCUCACUAUCACCGAUGAUGAUUACUCGAUAGAAAUCGUCGAAAGUCGAUGUCCAGAACCGCAGGUUCGGAGAGGCCCGGCGGACUGGACCUCGGAGGUGCGGGUGACUACCAUCCCCUUGCUCGGUGAUGGCCCUGCUUGGAGACGAGCCGUGGAUGUCUCGCUGCCCCCUUAUCGAGGUAACUGUAGCUUGCAGACGAGCCCGCUUCGGUCCUCUCCGUGGAACGAACCGUCCUAUGCCAUUGUCUCGGAGGCGUAUGAUGAGAAGGCUCAGGUGGGUUAUUGCCUGUAUAUGUCUUCUAUUCGGUGGCCGUUCGAUAUGCGGAUGCUCCUGAGUAUUCGAACGCCAACAUCCGAUACCAGGCUCAUGCAGGACGAGGCAUUCGAGCUCACCGGCCGAGGGAAGAUCUACGGAAAUGAGAGAUACAUAGUCGGUGAGAACGGAAAUCGCGAACUGGUCGUAUUCAGAUUCGAUAGAUAG